AUGGCUGAGGCUACCCUCCACAACGUACCAAUUGUCAUUGACAAUGGCAGUGGUACCAUCCGAGCCGGAUUCGCUGGCGAGGAGAUCCCAUCCUGCUAUUUCCCCUCGUUCGUCGGUCGUCCCAAACACCCCCGAGUCAUGGCCGGCGGUCUGGAGGGCGAUUCGUUCAUCGGACAGCGCGCACAGGAACUCCGCGGUCUGUUGAAGAUCCGGUAUCCGCUCGAGCAUGGAAUUGUUACAAAUUGGGAGGAUAUGGAGUCUAUCUGGCACUACGUUUACGAAAACGAACUCAAGACCCUCCCGGAAGAACACCCCGUGCUGCUCACUGAACCGCCGCUGAACCCACGCGCCAACCGUGAUAUCACCGCUCAGCUUAUGUUCGAGGCAUUCAACGUUCCAGCGCUGUACAUGUCCAUCCAGGCCGUUCUGUCUCUUUACGCGUCUGGGCGCACUACUGGUGUGGUUCUGGACUCCGGAGACGGCGUGUCUCAUGCCGUGCCUGUUUUCGAGGGCUUCGCUAUCCCCAACAGUAUUCGGAGAAUCGAUGUCGCUGGUCGCGAUGUUACAGAGCAGCUGCAACUACUUCUUCGAAAAGCGGGCCAUGUGCUUCACACCAGUGCUGAGAAGGAGGUGGUGCGGAUGAUUAAGGAGAAGGUCUGCUACGUGUCGCUGGAUCCGAAGCGCGAGGAGAAGGACUGGAUGAACAACUACCACAAGUCAGAUGCCAAGGCAGUUGACUAUGUUCUGCCAGACGGCCACAAGAUCAAAAUUGGCCAAGAACGCUACCGCGCCGCCGAGAUUCUGUUCGACCCCGAACUUAUCGGUCUUGAAUAUCCCGGAGUUCACCAGAUCGUCCAGGACGCAAUUACCCGCACGGAUCUGGACCUUCGCAAGUCCCUCUACCUUAAUAUCGUGCUCUCUGGUGGAUCAACUCUGUGCAAGGGCUUCCCAGAUCGUCUGAUGCGUGAAAUCAAGCGACUCGCAGUUGAGGAUAUGAAGAUCCGCAUCUCCGCACCUGCAGAGCGCAAGUAUACCACAUGGAUUGGAGGCAGUAUUCUUGCAGGUCUUAGCACAUUCAGAAAGAUGUGGGUAAGCGCGGAAGAAUGGCACGAGGACCCCGAGAUUAUCUUCAAGCGCUUCGCUUAG